AACUGAAAGACCUCAAAUUGGAACGUAAAGUGCCUCGCACUAGAAAGCUUUCUAACCUAAAAAGGGACGCACGGAAGAGUGUCGGCUCACUACGAGCAUUAAUUAAUUUACAAUGCCACUUGAGAAUUUGGAGGAGGAAGGUUUGGAGAAGAACCCGAAUCUGGAAUUGGCGCAAACGAAGUUUCUGCUGGGUCUUCGUGAACACGCUGAUGAUGCCUACCUGAAGACCAAACUCUUGGAUGCCAUCAAAGCCGACAACAUGGCUCCAUUCUACGAAGAGGUUUGCAAGGACCUGAAUUGGCCAGUGGACGAUGCACUUCUUGCAACAAUGAAGGCACACAAUACGGAACAGUUGAAAAAAUUUGACGAUGCUAUCGAGGAUGCUGAUAAAAAUCUGAGCGAGAUGGAAGUUCGAGAGGCCAACUUAAAGAAAUCCGAAUAUCUUUGUCGAAUAGGCGACAAAGAAGGUGCAAUCUCGUCAUUUAGAAAAACGUAUGACAAGACAGUAUCCUUAGGGCACAGAUUAGAUAUUGUAUUUCAUAAUAUUAGAAUCGGCUUGUUUUACCUGGAUCAUGAUCACAUUACCAGAAACAUCGAAAAAGCUAAAUGCUUAAUAGAAGAAGGCGGCGAUUGGGACAGACGGAAUCGUUUGAAAGUUUAUCAAGGAAUAUACUGCAUAGCAGUGCGCAACUUCAAGGAGGCUGCAAACUUCUUUUUAGACACAAUUAGCACAUUCACGAGUUAUGAACUUAUGGAUUAUAACACGUUCGUGAGAUACACAGUAUACUUAAGUAUGAUAAGUCUUCCACGAAACGAACUGAGGGACAAAAUCAUUAAGGGAUCCGAAAUCCUGGAGGUUCUCCACAGUAACCAAGACGUCAAGGAUUACUUGUUCUCAUUGUACAAUUGUCAUUAUGCGGAAUUUUUCAAGAAUCUUGCACACGUUGAAGGAUUGCUACGCCGAGAUUACUUAAUAUUUCCUCACUAUCGGUAUUACGUUCGAGAGAUGCGAAUUCUCGCGUACACGCAACUGUUGGAAUCCUAUCGAUCUUUGACCCUCCAGUAUAUGGCUGAGGCAUUUGGCGUUACGGUGGAAUACAUUGAUCAGGAAUUAUCGCGCUUUAUAGCAGCUGGCCGAUUACAUUGCAAAGUCGAUCGAGUUGGAGGUGUAGUCGAAACGAAUCGGCCAGACAGUAAGAAUUGGCAAUAUCAGGCAAUGGUGAAGCAGGGUGAUCUUCUACUCAACAGGGUGCAGAAGUUAUCGCGCGUCAUUAAUAUUUAAUUUCGUAUACAUUUGUAUAAUCACAGAGAUGAUAUGCUAUUAUAUAUUAAGAAACGAUCAAGAUCGAUUACAUGAGUGUCUACUGUAUAUCUGUUUCAAGAGUCUGUAUACCACAAGCUCGAAUUUUGUAACAAAGAAAACUAAAAGUGUCACGUUUGUUUUUGUAAACAAGAUAUACAAAUAUUCUUCGUGGAAUAUGUAA